UGUCUUCCCUCUGGCUGCUCCGGCCCUCCAGAACAGGAAUUGUGUAAACCCAUGCAAAUGUACAAACACAUGUUGUUUUUAAGUAAAGUAUUUUUUCUGAUAAUAUUCAUGGCUUUCCACGAUAAGUAGAUCUCUUGAUUCCUUCUAAAAGUGUAAGUUCACUUUCCUGCUAUUUUGGUGCUGUUGUGUUGGCAAUGGAGCGUUUUGUUGGACACAAGCGUAGACGCAUUCAUGCCUGUACAACCCUAUCAACUGUCAUGGCUGAUUAAUAAUGAAGAAAGUUUUGUAUGUUUAUUGUAUAUAAAUAGAAUUUCCGCUGCGCGUUCUAGUUCAAGUUUGUAGUUAUCAGUCACAAUCAUGAACGGCAUCGCCCUGAGUGAACUCUGCUGUCUCCUGUGCUGCCCACCGUGUCCAUCGAGGAUCGCCUCUAAACUGGCAUUUUUGCCCCCGGAGGCCACGUACAGCUAUCAAGCAGAUGAAACUGGAACCAAAUUUUCAAUGCAUUUCACCGAGAAAGCCGAAUGGCAGCAUUCGGAGAGAGAGAGGGAAAAUAUCGAAGGCUUCUACGCCAGGACCUCCAGGGGUAAUAAGAUCGGCUGUAUUUUCGUCCGCUGCUCCCCUAAUGCAAGGUUCACAAUCCUUUUUUCCCAUGGAAAUGCAGUGGACCUUGGUCAAAUGAGUAGUUUUUACUGGGGUUUGGGGAAUAGGAUUAACUGCAAUAUCUUCAGUUAUGACUAUUCAGGUUAUGGUAUUAGCACCGGGAAACCCUCUGAGAAGAAUUUGUAUGCUGAUAUUGAUGCUGCAUGGCAUGCUUUGAGGACUCGUUAUGGUAUUAGUCCAGAGAAUAUCAUUUUGUAUGGCCAAAGUAUUGGCACAGUUCCAACAGUGGAUCUUGCUGCCCGCUAUGAAGUUGGUGCCGUAAUCCUCCAUUCACCUCUCAUGUCUGGAAUGAGAGUUGCAUUUCCCAAUACCAAACGAACUUGGUUUUUUGAUGCUUUCCCCAGCAUUGAUAAAGUUCCUAAGGUUACCUCACCAGUGCUGGUUAUUCAUGGCACUGAGGAUGAGGUAAUUGAUUUCUCUCAUGGAUACAACAUUUACAAGAGUUGUCCUCGAGCUGUGGAUCCACUUUGGGUUGAGGGGGCUGGUCACAACGAUGUAGAGCUUUUUGGAGCGUACCUUACUCGUCUGAAGCAGUUUGUCUCUGAGGAGCUUGUCAACUGACAGCUGCUCCCGGCCGGCGGAUCGUCGUCGGCCACCACUACCGAGACGACGGUGAGCGACACCACAUCGGGUUCUGUGACAGAGAAACUCCUUUAGCGGCACGGCCUGCCGGCCCAAGCGACAGCCAGAGCCUCUUCUACGGCUGCUGCGUCCAAGGCCGGCAAGGGCCAGCGCCAGUCCCCUCCCACCUCUGUCCUACCGCAAGCUAGAAACCUUGCCACUGCCUCCACCACCUCCAUCACCGAGCCCGGCCCCGUGCGGACCUCCCUGUCUCCUCGUGUACGUUCUCCCAGAUCACCAAGGUAUCGGCGCCGUGCUGGAACCAGUCCUGGCUCAGCUUCCACCCAGGCUCCCGUUGUGGCGGCAAGUUCAAACUCUCUGAUGGGCACAAGCUCAGGUUUGACUCGGGGCUCAGGCUCCAGCUCAGCUGAAAGCGUCGAGGGAAGUGCACGCCCAGCUUUGAAAGCUGACCCCGUGUGGCUAAUGAGGUUACCGGGAGGGUCUGGUGGUAGCCCCAAGGCAUCGAAGGGACCUACCACCGCUUCUGCCACUGCCCCUACCACUGCCCCUAAAACCGUACCUAUCUGUACCUGUGAACCUCAUGAAUGGGAGAAUUGUAAGUGUCUGGAUCGCUUGUUGGCCAGGUACCUUAGCCCACAGAACUCACCCCCUUCUUUGCGUCUUGAAGGCAAGCCGUUGUCAACUUCGGGUACAGUUUCAGAUGCUGGUAAAACUACCCUGGAAACAACGUGUUAAAAGCAUCGUUGUUUCCUUUUGAUGCAUGGCAGGAUUUGUUGAAUGAUCAUUUUUGGUUGAUUUUCUUAACUGUGAUUUGACUGUUUAGGAGUGAGUCCAAACAAGAGGUUGCUCUUACUUUUGUCAAUGGGAGCUUUUUCAAGAACUGAUUAUUUGCUGUACAUGGCUCCUCACACCAUGUUACGUUGAGUUAACUCUCUCUACUGUUGGUUUUUACUGACUGUGAUUUCCUUCUUUUAUGGAAUUUCAUUAGUGUGUGCAAGGAUUCUUCACGACCAGUCUCUAAAAAAGCUUACCCCAUCUUUAUUUCCUUUAAGCUUGCAAUUUCAUUUAUAGAUGAUUAAAUAUCAAAAGGGGUCUGGAGAAGUUAAACUCAGGGUUUUUAUCCUGAUUCUAAUAAUUUUUUCGGAAAACAAUAACAUUUCAUAUUCAUAAAACAUUUUCAUUCACAUGGCAGGAAAUAAAUUACAUUGCUUCUCACCUGCUGAAUUGGGGGGAUGUCUAUUUUCUUCUAAGGUAUAUAGAAUGUUACUAAUGUGUUAUAAUUCAAAUGGAAUAGACAAAUUGACGUAUUUUAUGAAGGGGUUUCAUUUGUGUUGGUAUUUGUUUUAUUUUUAAAUGUAAAGGAUAAUUUAUUGAACUUUUGUGGGAUGCAAAAUCAUUUGAAACUUGUUUUGAGAAGUGUUUUUUAGCUAGUGGAUAUUGUGUACUGUGAAGGACAGGAGCGUUACUAUAUACCCUAAAAUUUUGUUGAAGUCAUUGCCAACAUGUAAGUUUAUUACAAUAAAUCUAUCUCAGCAUGUUCUCAAAAGAUUAAUUUAAUAAUGUGAAGUUGAGUUUGUGUGUGUGUUUGUGUUUGAUAUAUCUUGUGAAUAUGAUCUUGAUCUUGUUGAGUAUAUGUCUGUGCUAUAAUAAGUCAUUGCUAGAUUAAUAGGGGUUAAGUGAGUUUGAAUUUUCCAUUUAACUGAUGGUUGUCAAGAAGAUUGUUGCGGCUCACACUUUGGAACUGAGUUAGGAAUUUUUGUACAAUUAGUACUGUAUUUGGGUAAUGGGACCCUGCUACUGAGUGGCAGAUCACCCCUGCAUUUAAUCUCAAUUAUUCCUGUUAGGACUGUUAUCAAUGGAUGAGGGUACUGCUUUUAACCUUAUCUUGAAAAGGCUGACAAAGAUUUCUUUCCUGAUGUUUGAUCUGUUUGUAUGUAUCUUGCUAGAUCUACCUCAGCAUUGCAUCUAUGUCUGUAACGCUGAAGGCAAUAAUUUAGUGCUUUACACACAAGAUUGGUGCCAAGUUUAGGUUGAGAGGCUGGUAACUCAACAGUGCAAGACAUGUGCAUUUUAAGUUGGCAUUGAUGAUUAUGUUUCUAAUCUUACACCACUUUUCUUUACCAGUUUUUCUUUUUUAAAUUGAUGCUCUAUUUAAUCAUUUAAAAUUCAUUGUUAUUGUUUUCUGAUGUUGGUUCUGACUUUUAAUUUUUUUAUCUCUUAACUUUUGUACUGGUGGCUUAAAGUGCGUUGAUAACAUUUGAAACAAAUCUGGCUUAUAGUAAGUUCAUAUCUGCAAGACAAAAUUGUGUUUUGCCUAAUUUUCAUGCAGAAAAAAAGACUUCAUCAGAUUUCUUUUAAGGUAAUACCUCAUGUGUCAAAUUUAGCGUUUAGAUUGGAUUUCAAGCAAGAUAGAAGGAGUUUCUUUGUUUAAUCAUGUGUAGUAGCUUCUUGGAUGUUUUUCGCUCUUUCACUUGCAUUAUUCCCACUCGUAUCCAUAUUUUUGCACUGUGCCAAAAGAUGGAAGUUGACUUACCAUUUAUCAAAAGGACCUUAAUUUGUGCUUGAGACAUCCCUCUUCAAUAUUGCUGCAACCUUUCUUCAUGUGUGUAAGAUCUUUUGAUAUGUAAAUAAGUUGUUAUUCUAUGAAUUUGUUCAUUUGCAAAGUGAGGCUGUGGCCUCAGAUAAUCAACUUUGCUUCACCUAGGUAUCCACCCAUUAUUUGUUGUGAGUGAAGUUAGAGAUCUCUGUUGCUGUUAACCUGACUUUAGGUUAGUUCCAAAUAAAAUAUAAUAAAAGCACCUUUGUGCAUGACUGUAUUGAGCUUUCACAACCUUUGUGUAUUUGUUAGCUAUGCAAAAGUUAGUGACUAGAAAUUUAGCCACAUGAAUUAAAUGGUCUCUCAAGGCAGGGCUAUCUUUCUGUUAAAGACUCCCCUUUUUGUUUUCUAGUUCCUUUUCCCCCCUCUGUUAAAUGCUUUAUAAAAGUGUUAUUUUGUGUGUGUCCCCCCCCCCCCUUUUUUCUGUUUGUGAAGCUGCGUAUUUAGUCUGGCCGGAGAAUAAUGAAAAUUCAACAAUUUUUAAAUUGAAAGUCGCUUUUAUUUUCUCCCCGCCCCCCCUUCUUUUACCUAUUAAGGAUUUGUGACUCGGUGCAAUUAAAUAAUGUAUUCUUACCAUGAUAGUCUUCCAAAAUAAGUUUGCAGUUCCCAUCCCUAAGCAUGUAUAGUACAUACUGUACCAUUGUGUGAUUGGUCUGUAGAUUCUGAAAACCUUUGGUUGUUUUGCAGAAAACAUUUAAAAGGAAGUGUUUCAUUUGUCUUUACUAGAAUUAUUUUGUUUUUUCCAAAAGUGCUGUUAAAUAUUCAUUUAUGUGUUCAUUGAACACUUCAUGCUUUCAAGAUUUUCAAAUUUGAUUGAUUUUGUGCUGCAAAAUUCUGUGCAUAUUUUUCUUAAUCUGACUUUUUGUUUUUUUCAAGUAGAUUGUGUUUGUGAAUGAAUUGUGUCAAAUUGGGGUUAGUAGCUCAGUUUUCUUUGGCCUCUCAUGAGUUUUCUAACUUUUUAUCAGUAUUAAGAGGGUUUUCAGAAAUUGGGAGAAUAUCCAUAUUAGGUAGUUAUUCAGAAUUGGAAAGUUGUGAAUGGUGUGAUGGAAGUGAAGUAUGUACUUAAUAACAACAGAGUUAAACCAAUUUCUUUUCAAGAAAAUUAUUUAUUUGGUUUGUUUUCCUGAGUGAUACAGUUACUACCUCCACCUCAUUGAAAUCUUUUCAAAGUAAGAGCUCUCUAAAAUAUACACACAACUGAGCAUUCAAGGUUGAAGUAAAUUACUUUGCUGUUGCAUUAUUGUUUGAAAAUGAUAUUAUGUUUAUUCUUUUUGUCAUUCUGUCGGUAACAACUGGUUGGUGGCAUACUACAGCAAAGGUUUAUUGUCAAUAACAAAUACCUCUCAAUUUUCGUUUUGUUUUUAGAUGUUGAGAGAUGUUAAAUUUUUGGGCAAAGUGAUAUUCUUUGAAGUUUGGGACUUCAUGUUACGAUUAUUUUUAAUCGGUGUGUUGAAGAAGUUGUGGGUUAAUGUUUUAUUUAGACGCUUGGGGGAACAGGGUGUUAGGCACAUGAUCCUUGCCUUUCAAGAUGUGUAAGUUUUCUUGUAUUAGUACAUUAAGUUGUUUUUAUUGAUGAGGACUAUUGGAGUCUUUUUAUACCAAAGAGUAGAUGAGUUGGUGUCACAGUGUCCUGCAUGGAUUUUUUUUUCCAUGGCGUCCCUAUAUGAAGCUUAUUUGUGUUUGCAAACAGGCUGACCCUAUCAGGAGCCUACAGGAAACACCCGCUGGCCCCCUGGCACCUUCAAGGCUAGGGGCCUCUGAAAUUCAUAUGUAAUAUAAGUUUUGAUUUUCUGUUGUAGGACCCUCACAUCUUGCUUGAUGUUCAUGUGUUAUGUGGCAGGAUUGCUUUACUGUUACUACGUGAUAAUUUUGAGAUUUUGUUGAACUUUAUAUCACUGGAAUUGUUGCACCUAGGUGAUUGAGACUUACAUUCAUCCAGGUUGGACACUGUGACACUAGCUUGCCUAAUCUUUGGUACAAAAAGACUCAUAAUGCAGUCAUGAUUUUCUGAAAACAUAUGCAAUUUAAUCAGCACUUGUCAGCUUAUCCAGUGUAAAAUCAUUUUAGUGUAUGCCAUUCUUUGUAUAUGCUAUGGUUAGAUCUACCUAGGUGUAUGGAUAAACCUGGGUUUAGCUGGCAAAAGCUAGGAUUGGUGACGCUAUAUUGGUAAUCCUAGGAGUACCAACAUGACACUUCGAUUAAAAGUAGAAAUACAAAAGAACAAAGGGGUUCGGCCACAUUUUUUGAUCUUAGAUGGAGGUGUGUUGCAUUAUCUUUAAAAGUGUCAAGUGGCUGUACCUUGGAUUAACAAAAUUGCCUUGCCAAUCCUGGCUUUGCCCAGCUAAACCUAGGUUUAUACAGCCUCCUAGGUCUUAGGUCCAACCAUGAACACUAUUAUAUAAAAUUGUCAAAGAGAAACAUUCAGGUGGAAAGAACAAUGAUUAAAAGAGACUUGAAUUAAUUAAUUUUUGUAUCACAAUAACUGCUUCUUUCACUCAUAGAACCAUAUUAUUUUGUUAAGAUGCUUUUCAUGUGUAGGCGGGCAUCAUGAACUAUGUAAAAUGUUCUAUUUCUUUCUAAACACAUGAAGUGACUCAUUCCUUGUUUAUGAAUACUUAUCAAUUAAAUCAAUUUUUUAAGCUGUAUUUUUUUUUUUUUGGUCCAAUUUUGCUUUUCUUGUGUUUAUGUUUUCUGUGUGGAAUUAUUUUAUUUACAACCACUACAGUUGUUUUUGUAUGAAUCUUAAGCAACUGGUCUUUUGAAAUAGGUGUGCUUUCUUAAACAGAUUAUUAGUUAUAGCUUGUGUUCUCAGAUCUCUCUUGAGGUUUGUGUUUGUUUAUGUGAUAAUGGGGAGGUUUUAAUACUUUUCGCUGAAAACUUCAUACUCUAGUUUUCGCCCCCUCAGAAUGUGGUUCAGAAAGAAAAGUGUGUCAGUGUAUCAUAAUCAUAAGCAGGUUAAUCAACCAUAUAAUAAUGUUAUUCUGAAUAUAUGUGCAAUCAAAUUAAGUUGGUUGUGAUUGGAAAAAGUAAAAUGUGAAUGUCCUGUUUCAAGCGAAUUUUUUUAAAUUAUCAAAUACAGUAUUUUAUACACUGA